AUGGCAGUAAAGCUUUUGUAUGUGCUACUCGAUAUCAUCGCAUUUGGAUUGGGCGCCGGACUAUGCGCUCUGUUGUAUUACGUCGACAUCUGGGCUGACCAGCAAUUUCCGGGAUGCUAUCAUCCUGUUGCAUGUUAUGACUACAAAACGGAGAUGGAAGACAGCUUCGACCGCAGUAUAAGCCCAUGCGAUGACCUCUACGACCACGUCUGUAAUGGCUUUACGUUCAGACACCCGGAAGCGCCAAGCCAAUCCGCAUUGCUGGACUGGAGGGAUCAGUUGUUGCUCCUCGAUCUCCUAAGUAAGCCACGGGGCGUUCAUAGCUCUUCGGUAUUCGACAAAGUACCGCUAGCAUACCAGGCGUGCAUACGCGUGCAAUCGAAAGGAGAACAUCACAUUGACAUAAUCAAGAAACUCUUCAAGACUCUGAAUUUUGAGUGGCCUGUCUUAAAACAACAAAGCGGCUUUAACUUUCUCGACGUAUCAGUAGGAUUUGCGUUGGACUAUGAUAUCAAUUUUCUCUUCGGACUGACGCUAUUGCCUUAUUUGCGUACACACACCAAGUACUCUCUAGCUCUCAUGCGGACUCAAGGAUUCUUUGCUAUUGACAUGUCAGACUAUACUCAUGAAAGAGAUGAAAUCCGAAGCUGUAUAACAUCUUUCGUCUCGGUUUCUCGUCUCGUCAUAGAUUCCAUGGUGGAGAAAAUCGUCAUAACGGUAAAUACGAUAUGGGCAAUCUACAAGGUGUUUCAUGCCAGUUAUUAUGCCAAUUAUACCCCAAUCGCCGACAUCCAAGUGUACACGCCAUCUAUCACUCCCGAGCAGUGGAUGCAGAGCCUGAAUAAAUUCCUUCCCAACGGACUUCAUGUCACGUACACCGAUGAGAUCCUCGUCUUUGGCGAUACAGAGGCUACCUUCCAAUAUAUCGUACCGUUGUUUGAGAAGAUGAUGGACGAUUUGAUGCUUUUCUACGGUUUGCAUUUUGUUCGAUCUCUGGCGCAUACUUUCUCUUUGCACGUGCUAACGUGCGACAAAUCCGGUCGCACGAAAUUUUACCCCGACUAUACCGUCCGCUGCCUCUCUACGAUCAACCGAAUGGCUCCGUUCGCGCUCGCUCAGAUUUUGUAUGACGAAAUUUUAGAACCUUCUAGGGUGAAUAAAACUGGCGUUAUUUACCGCACGAUACGGGGAGCAACGGCCGAUUCCUUCGCGAACCUUUCUUGGCUGAUGACUCCCGCGACCCGCCAAACUGCCGUGGAUCGUGUGAACGCCAUCGAAGAUAUUGAAGGAAUGCCAGCCCGUUUCAGCACCCGAGAAUCAAUCGAGGAAUUUUAUUCAUACCUGCCACAGUUUGAUCGCUCAUUCAUUGAAGAUUUAUUAGAGGCCAACCACUCGUGGAUGCAGAGGUUAAAGACAUUGCUGAAUGCAUCGGGAACGGUGGUUACCCCAGAGGACGUAACUCAAGACUUCAUUUCUGCAAAUGCCUUCUACUGGCCGGCGAUGCACGUGAUGUACAUUCCUGGCUCGAUUAUGCAGUCUCCCUUCAUCAGUGAGGCGAUGCCGCUCUCUGCCCAGUACGGAAGCCUGGGACGUAUCAUCGGACGCGAACUAAGUCGAGCUUUCAAUUUCCUUGCUGGUAGGUUUACCCCUGCUGGGAUGACGGUGGAUUGGUACGACGCAAUCUCAAGCUUUCAGUUCAAACAGAGGUUGAAGUGCCUCAUAAUACAGAUGAAUGCUGUUGUAAACACCACGACACUGGGCAACAACUCAAUUGCGGAGAACUUUGCAAUCCACACAGGAUUUGAAAAGGCAAUCCUUGGCUAUCAGUCGUUAAGCGAAAAGGGAGAAUCCUUUCUUGGCUAUACUCCUGAUGAAAUGUUCUUCAUCAGCAGCUGUUUCGCGAUGUGUGGGAAGUCCAAGAUGGGUUACGGGGAGGACGAGAAGAAGCCGCCGUUUGGCACGCGUUGUAACCUACCUGCGGGAAACUCCAAACUGUUCGGAGAGACUUUCAACUGCACAUCCAGCAACAAAAUGAGCUUUGCGACACGUUGCCAAUUCAUCUAA